AUGGAAACAAUCCAUCCCGAACAAGGCGUCAAAGACCACAUUGGUACACGACGGCCCACAACAGCCAAGUUGCUAUCCAAAACCAAGCGCAAGCGACCGACAAUAUCAGGCCCGAUUGGUCCCAUCAAGAACUCCCGCGGCCCCGACUUCAUUCGCAGCGAGCAAUUCGUCAUCGUCCCUGGAAUCAGAGACUGCAGCUCAACAGAGCCACUAUUCGACAAGGGGGUUGCUGAGGCUCAGAAGACAACCAGACGUAUCUCGGCCAGUUUCCAAAAACAGGGACCUCCCUCCAGCCAGCCGACCACGGCCAAGUCCGACUUUAACGCGACGACAUCUUGUCAAACGAAACUGCCCAGACGCCUGCCAAUGACAUUGUCAAUGACCUCGGCAACCAAAGCAUGGUUGACUUCAAGCUCAACUUUUGAUGUUAUCCCCAGCCUCGACACGAUACAGCAGGACGAAAAUGUCCCCCCGCCGGACCAAGGAGUCUUGUCUCCACCCAUAUCCACAGCUCUCCCCAAGAGCCAGCUCCCCAAAUCACGGACAAUGAAUGUCCUGACUGAUAUCAAAAGCUCCAUUUCUCGGCCGUCGCUGGCGUCUCGAUCUGCGAAUCCCCGAGCUUUUGGUAUCUCGUCGCGAAAGACAUCAUUGCCGUCACAAACAAGCACGCUUGUUGCAGCCAGUUCCUCCCGUCUUCGACUUCCACGACCGUCAUUGACAUCUCUGUCUCGUUCCAGUCGCUCGAACACUCCUGAGCCUUCACAGCCGCUGCUGCCGGGGCAGGUAAACACGGCCCAGCCAUCAGCAUACUGGUCUGGCCGCUUCAUGGCUCUUCACGAUCGCUUCCUAGCCGAGAGUCUCAACUAG